AUGCUCCUCGCACGACUCUCUCUAGCCCUGGCAUUUACAACAAGCCUGGUCACAGCAGCAGCUAUCCCAUCACAGCCAGCCCUCCAAGAAAUCAGCCUUGCCAAAGAAGCAGAAUCCUUAUCAUCCCGAGACGCGUCAUGGCCACGAAUUAUCCAAUCAGUCUCCCGGAAUGACGACGACCACCUGAACAAACGAAACCCUUAUUACUUCCCCGAAACCGUCCCUGACGCCGACGAAAUCACCGACCGGUCAACUGCAAUGCGAGAAGCAGGUCUCCUCGCCAGCGAGGAUGGCCAAAACCCAAAGUCAAUCGAAUCUCCGGAUGCAGGGAUCGACACCCCCCGUGCACGGAUGAUUCCCGUUCGGGACUUGAUGUCCGAAUUGGACCGUUUGGAAGCUACAGAGUCCGUCUGGGAAAUGCUGCCUUCUUUACUACCGCCGUUUCGCUUUUUCGUGAUCGCAAGCUCGAUCAUCGCCGUGCUCACUGUUAUCAGGGGCUGUGUGCGUGCUCGACGCUGA